AAAGAAGACGCGAGCCUUCCCGCUUGCUCCGGGCCACCCCCUUCUCGUCACUUAAUAGGCGCGAAAUGCUGGCGCCUAGUGUCGAUCACGGCGGCCCGGGGAGGACGCGCACACACACCUGUCUGGCCUCUUUCUCUCGACCCGACACCAAACGCGACCAGCGACGACUGCGGCGAAGCACGGACGUCCGCAGAGAGCGUCUGAACGACUCUGAGUUCGCGGACAAGGAGGUGCCGCUAAGACACCGUCGAGAGACAGAAGCUCCGGUCGCUCCAUAGCCAAGACGCACCGAGAAAUAUAGUGAUGGAGACGAGGAUCGUUAGCUCAGUUGUCUGCUGCAUUAUUGCGUUGGGCGCCUUGCGCGGCGCGAGGGGCGACGAGCCCAAGUGCGCAGAGACGACGCGUCGGCACGCCAUCGUGCCCGAGUACACGUGCUCUGGCUUCACCAGCGCGGAGGACUUCGCGAAGCACUUCAAGAAAGCAGCUGAGCCCGGGUCGGACCUCUGGUUCAUCCUCAAGGACAGCAAGCUGGAUUACAUUCCCGCUGGAUUUCUGGGCGAGCACCGGGCGUCGAUGCUGGAGUUCAGCAACGUCACCCUCGGGACGUUCUUUGAGCCCAGCACUAACCGCAGCCUCUUCUCUGGCCUGGAGCCGUCGCUCAAGCGGGUCACCUUCACACUCGGCAGCACCCUGCCUAGCACGUGGGCCACUCUGCGCCCGCUGGGGAGGCUCGAGGAGCUGGUCUUCUUCGAGAUGACGGGCCUCAACCUGACGCGCGACUUCAACGAGCUGCCCGCGGGUUUGCGCAAGGUGGUGAUAGUUCGCACAGGAGUGGGCAGUGUGGACGACGACUGGCUGUCAUCGCUUCUGAACCUGGAGAACCUUCGCAUACAGAGUAGCACGCUGGACAGGUUCGCCAGAAGCAUGCUGCCAAGGCCUGCGCCCAGACUGCGCAAGCUCACGAUCGGGGACAGUUCUCUGAAGUCACUGCCAGAGGAUUUCGGUGCUGACUUCCCCGUCCUGAAGCAAGUGAAUCUCCGUCAGAACUUGAUAAGCAGCUUCAGUGAGCAGAGCCUGGCACCACUAAGAAAUAGCAACACGACUGUUGUGCUGUCCGGGAAUCCGGUGCGCUGUGACUGCAAGGUGUCCUUCUUGCUCGGCUACCCAGACUCGUGGACGUACCCGGAGUGCGGCUCACCCGAAGCACUCAGCGGGGUUCCCCUCAGGGAGCUCACCCCGGAGAAGCUCGGUUGCACUGAGCAGAAGGAGCCCUGAGAAAUUCAACUGACGCGAACACCCACUUCACAGAGUACAUAAUAAAGAAGGUUUCAAACGG